AGAAAAANAAAAAAAAAAAAAAAAAAAAAGGAAUUUAUCGAAUUGGAAUAAUAGUGGAUUUUACAUUGAUUCUUCACAAUCUAUCCGCGAUUCCCUUCUCGCCUUGGUUCCUUAUAAGAUUUCUAAAUUGGUUUCUCUCUUCAAUUUCCGACUGGGAUCAUCUUUUUCACAAGAGGAAGAUCACACCAUUUAUUGGAGUUUUUUAUUUGUGAAAGAGAAUUUCUGAGCGAUUUGGGGGCGUUUUUGUUGUUUGUUAUCUGAAUUUUCCCGGGAGAUUUGAGGAGCUUCUUCAGCUUUGAUUGGUUGGAUUUGAAAAGCAUUUGAAGGGGUUUUCCUUUUUUAAAUAUCUACGACCGAUGCCAGAUAAUCUGCAAGUUCAGAGGAAUGCUGUUCCUAACCAAUCCCCUGAUGUCUCGGAGGCGCUCUGGCGGUUGGAAAUUAGCGAUAAUCAAGAUGGAGGCGACGCGGCAGAAUCAAGCCCUUACCCCGAUCGACCUGGCGAACCUGAUUGCUUGUAUUAUAUGAGAACUGGCUCUUGUAGCUAUGGAAGUAAUUGUCGCUUCAAUCAUCCUGUCUACGUUGCUCAGGGUGCUCUUUAUAAUGGGGAAUUGCCAGAAAGAAUUGGGCAACCCGACUGUGAGUAUUUUCUGAAGACGGGGACCUGUAAAUAUGGAGGAUCAUGUAAGUAUCAUCAUCCAAGAGAUAGGCGUGGAGCUGGGCCUGUUACAUUUAACAUUUUAGGUCUUCCCAUGCGACAGGAAGAAAAGUCGUGUUCUUAUUAUUUGCGCACGGGAUCAUGUAAAUUUGGAGUUUCAUGCAAGUUUAAUCAUCCCCAGCCAGCACCAGUUGGGAAUAUGUUACCUCAAGCUAGACCUGGUGCUUUGGGUUCUGCAGGCACUCCAUUCAUGCCUUCAUCUGGUUUACCAUAUGCUAGUGGAAUUCCUGCUUGGUCAUUGCCUAGAGUGCAAUACAUGCCUGGUCCAUGUGUACAAGGCCAACAAUCUUAUGUGCCUGUCCUGGUUUCUCCACCACAGGGUGCCAUAGCUGCUCAAGACUGGAACACUUAUGUGAGCAAUGUCAGUCCUGUUCUUCCCAAUCUUGGUUAUAAUUCUGUCAAUUUGGAAGACUCGCAUUCUAAUGGGCAGUUGGCCUUAUCAACAUCAACUCUAACGCUACCCGAUCGACCCGACCAACCAGAAUGCCGUUAUUUUAUGAACAAUGGCACAUGCAAAUAUGGAUCUGAUUGCAAGUUUCAUCAUCCGAAACAAAGAAUUGCACAAUCAGCAACGAAUGUGCUUGGGCUUCCUUCAAGACCCGGGCAAGCUGUAUGUUCAUACUACAGUAUGUAUGGGCUCUGCAAGUAUGGCCCAAGUUGUAAAUUUGACCACCCAUCUGCAACAUAUCCUUAUAACUAUGGCUUCACUCUGCCUGUGCUCAAUUCAUCUUUCAUGAAGUAUCCCAGCAACAACUAUACGUUGUCAUCGCACGAUACCUUGCCCCAGACGAUAUCCAAAUCGUCUGAAUGGGUUCAGAAAGCUGAUCCUCCGAACAACAAACAGCAAACUACCGAUACGAAAGUCGAUGAUGGCACAGCUGAAGAGGUUUCCUCUGUUUCAUGCUCAUUAUCAGGUGGUUCUGAAAGUUUACAAGAUCAAUCUGGUUGAAAACCAUGGCUAUUUUGUUUUAUUUUGACUCUGUUGUUUAGUAUGUUGUCAAGGAAUUACAAAUUUUCUUUACUUUAUACCUCCCCCUAUGCCCCAAUUUCACCUGUGAUAAUGUGGGAGUGAAAACAAGUUGCUUGGAGAUUUGUUUACUUUGAGUCAUCUGUUGUGGGGCAGGGGAAGGCAUUUUUUGUGUUGAAUAAAGUGCAGGUGAAAUUAAACCAACCAAUCCCACCCUUUUCUGCUGUU